CAGAGCCCAAGGCUCUUUUGUUUGCCUCGUCGGUCGGAUCAGAUUGUAUUGUUGUUGCCGACAACCGUCCGACCGACGACGGGUGUUGUUUUACUACCACGACGAGUGCUCUGGUGCUGAUAGUUCUCGACCAUCCUGCCAGCCAGCCAUAGGGUGGAAACAUUUGAUCGGUGCAUCGGGCUAGAGGUUUUAAUUGCGGUUAGACAUUCGAGCGGUUCGGUUGUGUUUUUUGCGUGUGCUUCGUGGUUGUUACCUACCAUACAUAUCAAGGAGGUGGUCUGAUGCGGGGUGAAAUGUGAAGUUAGCUGCUCAACCUAAGUGCUUUGGUUUUAUUAACAAAAAUUCGAUCAUCUUCGGAGGUGGAGAUGACUGCAGUGUCUAUAAAUUAUACUGGGAGUGAAAAAGUGUCAUUGUGCAUAUGAAUAUAACAAAAAUUAUCGAGCGUCGACAAAAAGUUUAAUUUUCGAUAAAAGUCAAAUGUUAUUACCUAAGUACGUAAGUUGUAUGCAGUAGAAAGGCGACGGAGUACGAGAGCAAUCUACCGAUUGUGUGAUUACACAUGACAACUACCUGGUGGAAGCGAUAAGUAUCCCCUGCAUUGGCCACAAUAGGCGACGAAUUACUUUGAGUCACAGCAACCGACAAGUCCAAUCUGCACUACAAGUUAUUAUGUGCGGAUGAUCAAAAACUUAAGGAAAUCUCUCGCCACUUAUCGCCGAUAGCCAUCCCGUGCACCGGAAAGCUUCCGCGCACCAGCUGACGCAUCCCUGGCGCCGACAUCUUCCUGGGAGGGGUAGCUUGUGACCCCACAGCUGGAACCAACUAUGUCAGCGCCUUCGUGCUGGAAGAUUCUAACGCGCCGGAAAGCACUCGCCAUCGGAAACGAGACCGGUUCGGAAAGCGACAAACUCGGCCGGAUUUUGAACACAUUUGAUUUGACAGCGCUCGGCGUUGGAGCCACCCUCGGUGUGGGCGUGUACGUUCUAGCGGGGCACGUUUCCAAGGAUCAAGCCGGCCCGUCGGUGGUGCUUUCCUUCCUGAUUGCUGCUAUUGCCUCUUUCCUAGCUGGCCUUUGCUAUGCGGAAUUUGGCGCACGCGUUCCGAAGUCAGGUUCGGCUUACAUCUACAGCUAUGUUUGCAUUGGUGAGUUUAUGGCUUUUAUCAUCGGAUGGAAUUUAAUGCUGGAGUACAUAAUUGGAUCCGCCAGUGUGUCGCGGGGUUUAAGCCUCUACAUUGACACGUUGGCCAACGACACGAUGAAGAUGCACUUUCGCGAGAUCGCGCCAAUGGAAUGGGACUUUAUGUCCAGGUAUUUCGAUUUUUUUGGUUUCUCCGUAGCGAUCUUAUUGGGAGUCGCACUGGCCUUUGGCCUGAAAAAAUCAACAAUGGUGAACAACUUCUUUACGAUUCUUAACAUUGGAAUCGUACUGUUUGUUGUGAUAGCGGGAGCUAUAAACGCCGACGUCGCCAAUUGGAACAUCAAUCCGAUGAACGUUUCCUCCAUCUACAAUGUCGGAGAAGGAGGUUUCUUUCCAUUUGGUUUCGAAGGAACCUUACGCGGGGCAGCCACGUGCUUCUUCGGAUUUGUGGGGUUCGACUGCAUUGCAACCACCGGAGAAGAAGUUCGCAACCCACGUAAAGCUAUUCCCAGAGCAAUUCUGUUUUCGCUGUGCACUAUUUUCCUAGCAUACUUCGGAGUGUCUACGGUUCUAACACUUAUGUGGCCUUACUAUCUACAGGAUGUUAACGCACCUCUUCCCUUUGUAUUCAAUGAAAUUGGGUGGACCUUUGCUAAAUGGACGGUGGCUAUCGGAGGAAUUAUCGGCUUGGUAGCAAGUCUGUUCGGGGCCAUGUUCCCGCAGCCUAGAAUCAUCUACGCUAUGGCCCAAGAUGGUCUAAUUUUUCGGGCUUUGGGAGAAAUCAGUCCACGACACAAGACUCCGGUCUUUGGCACACUUUGCGCUGCCCUUCUCACCGGUACAAUGGCCGGAUUGUUCGAUCUGAAAGCUCUAGUCAAUAUGCUCUCGAUUGGUACACUUAUGGCGUACACAGUUGUGGCGAUCUCAAUACUCAUUCUCAGAUUUUCGGAAGAACAAAUUGACAACUCGAUCCCUUCUACGAGCAAACAAACUUACGAAUCAUCAAAUUUGCUGAAACCCGGAAGCCGACUAACCGGUUCGGCAUUCAUCAAACAGCUCUUCAAUGUGUCCUGCGUUAGGAUACCUUCUCAUAUUUCCACUAGCGUUGUGGGUAUUCUUGUGACGCUUUACUGUCUUGUGUCGCUUGCACUUUCGCUCACUAUAUACUACGCUAAGCAAUCACUUUACGACUUGGAACCAUGGGCUUUGACACUAGCCGGCACUCUGUUGGGAUUACUUCUAAUCGUUCUACUGCUGAUGUCGAUCCAGCCCCGAGAAACGGCUGACGCACCAUUCAAAGUGCCACUGGUUCCGCUGCUACCUGCAAUCAGUAUUUUCGUCAACAUCUAUCUAAUGCUGAUGUUGGAUGUCUACACAUGGAUCCGCUUCGGGAUCUGGAUGGGAAUUGGUCUACCGAUUUAUUUGAUAUGUGUCUAUUGUGGCAGUAAUAGCGACAAAAGCAAAACAAACGACGAGGUCAAUUGUCGAGAAAGUAAAACGGGAGACCGAAUGCGCUCAGAGGGAAUAGAAAAUGGUGGCUUUGUAGAGACUGAAGAAAACACCGUGACAUCAAAUGGAUUCUAUUCCCGAAACUUGAGCGAUGCCAUCAACGGAACUGAGGAGAAACAGUUCAACCUUAUCCCAUCGGCUGGCAACGGUAAAGAAAAUGUCGAAAAAGAUGAAGAAAACAUCCAAGCAAAGGCGAAAUCCGGAACGCCUUCGCCCAAAAACAGUAUGGACGAAAUAAUAGCAGUUUCCGAACUGUCAGAUCUAGUCACAGAAAAAAUUGAACCGAACGGAAAAGCCUACUUUGUGGAAGAUGUUAACGAAAAAGAUUCGGAUCGAUCCAGUGUUGAGACAAACAAAGCAAUUGCUUUGCUGGAUGACAUACUGAAUGAUGAAGAGAAAACUAUGGACUUUUCAAUUCCGUACCUGUCUUUGGAUGAUGAAUCGCUAGCUAGUCCAGUUUUUCGAGAACAGUCAGUGGUAGCCGACAUUCAUCGUGAGGACGAACUCUCAAUGCAGCACCAGGUAGAGGAACUCCCAGUGCACGCCGAAGUGAAUCCAACAGAAAUUCUUAGCAUUAAAAAUUCGCCGGAAGCGGAGAUCAGGGUUUCGUCAGAGCCUUCAUCAUUACGGCCGAGGGCCGCCUUCGUCGUGGGUCAAGAUGUCAGUAGCGAUUUGGAAACCGACGACGAAGAUGAUGUGCACUAUAAUCGCUUAAAUAGUCAACAGCAAAAACAGUUCAUGACUAGGCUAAGCACACUGCUCGAAAAUCCUCAACCAAAACAAUACAAACGAAAAGGGCCCAGAGCGGUUAUAGUUGAUGAAAAUGCCAACAACAUAAAACUACAAAAGAGCAGCAGUGAACCUAACUUCGUGCUACUACUGGACACCUCGCCCAACAACGAAAGUGAAACAGACAGUCCAAAUCGGACGCCCACAACGGUUGUGCCGCCUGCUCCGGUGUUUAACGAAACCAUUUUCAAUAGCAUCAAACCGGAAAGUGAGCUGGAAAAAGACCCCGCUUUAAAAACUACACCGACCGUAAACUUUACUGCCUCUCCUUCUCCAACCAGCGGCGUGGUUCCUGAAGCACCCAAAUUCGAUCCUGUUCUAUACAACACGAUCGGAAAGCACAAAUCUCCCCGAGCUAGUCUAAUCGUUCCUACACCCGUUUCCACUACCUCAGGUUACGCUGACGUGACACUCCGUAAGCUAAACCCGAAAACACCACCCCCUAUUGACCGGAAAACUCCGGAAACCAGUGAAGAGGACCCCUCGGCCAAUCCACGGGAGGUGUUCAAAUCCAAACUAGAGCAAAUAUUGCAGCGAGGCCCGGUCAACAAAAUCCGCCCCAAGACCAUGCCUGCUACACUUCCAGAGCCUCGAUCGAGUCCCACUCCCACCACCAACGAGGAACCAACCGGAAAUCGCGCAACGAUCGCCACCAACGGUAACGUCGUGAGUUCCAAGGACAACUCCUCUUCCGGUAACUUCCGGGAGCUGGCGAAAGCGUUCGAUACCGCCAAAAAGCAGCAGAAGCUUAUCUUCGAUGACGUGCUGAAGGCAAUCAAUCCCGACACACGACCGAGCGUGAUUCGCAAUUCGCUCGAACAUCGGAUGUCAUUUUCCGAGUUCAAGAAUGGGCUGAAGAAAACAAUACCACCGAAGCAGUACCUACCGAAUGCGUAACGUUUCAUCGUGAGUACCUAUCAGAGAGCUCGAGAGUAUGAACGGCAACGCGUAUGAUGAUGUGCACACGAUUCGGUUUUCCGCGCGUGAAUGCGUUAUGAAUCAUAAAUUAUGAUGCGUAAUCAUCGAACGACACACACGGUCUGGUGUCAUUGUUUCAAAUCACAAAAUAAGUUAUUGAACGGAGGUAGUUCUUAAAUAUGUGCAAUAGUACCUGUAUUUUCUGUUUAAUUAUUCGAAAAUCCUUUCAGUUUCCGCAUUCGGGUGGUAUAUGGGAGUCUCAGUAGCAUUAUGAAUCAUUUAACUUUUAAUGGUCCAUCUUUUUCUAUUUUGUCGAUGAGUUAUUCAAAAUCAUUUGUUCAAACGUAUUAAUAGUUGAAAAUGGGACGAGAUCAAAUUGUAUUCCAUCUCCUUGGAAAUGGAGUUUCAAAUGGAAAUGUCUUCCGACUUAUACAUUUUAUCAAUUUGAUGUGCUCGGAUGAAAUGGUUCAGGGUAAUAAUAUUGACGUAAUAGGUAACGAAUCGAGCCAGCCUAACAAGUCGGAAAAACGACGGAGUUUAUUUCAGUUCACACUGUUAAUUUCACUAUUAUGACUCAGGGGGAGGAGCUGUUAUACUCCUUGGUUCUAUUGGGCAAAUGUUUUGAAUAAUUCGUCUAAGCAAACAUAAUUAAUAAGAAAGCAUGAUUGAUUUGAAAUUUAACCAACGUUGCAUGCACUCUAUUUUGAACAUUAGUUAUAAUCUCCUCAAAAUUUGCAUUGUAACAGUUCAUAGAGCUUGUUGACGUUCAUAACACCCAUACUUAAUCACCUAAUAAAAAACAGACUAGGGUAGAUGAUCCAUUAGUUGCGCCACUAAGCACAAUAUAACUUCAUUUUGCUUGUUUAUUGAGGUAUAUGCUUCAAUUAAUGCUUGUGGGAUAUAAAUUUAUCAAAUACAAGGUAUUUGUCACAAGGCAAGACAAUUGCUUUCGUUGUACGAGAAGC